AUGGACGACCAGCAACGGGUGCAAGCAUCGCUGCAGCAGGAGGCCACCCGCUUGUCGACAGAACGCGAUGCCCUGGCACAGCAAGUGCAGCACCUUGAGAAGCAGCUGGCGGAUGCUUCCAGUGCCGUCAGCCGAAACGUGGAGGACCGGCAAAAGCUUGCAUCAUCGCUGCAGGAGGAGGCCACACGGUUGUCGACAGAACGCGAUGCCCUGGCACAGCAAGUGCAGCACCUUGAGAAGCAGCUGGCGGAUGCUUCCAGUGCCGUCAGCCGAAACGUGGAGGACCAGCAAAAGCUCGCAUCAUCGCUGCAGGAGGAGGCAAGGCAAAAGGAGGAACAGAAGCAUCUCGUAGCAACACUGCAAGAGCAGUGCUCAUCCCUAGCAAAAGAGCUCGAAGCACAGAUCGCUGCUCGCCAAAGCGCGGACAACUCCCAUCAGGGCGUGCCGAACGGAGAUGCAGCUCAGCCACAAGCCGAAGAAGCAGCCCGCCUGACUGCUGAACGUGAAGCACUUGUGCAACAGGUCCGACACCUCGAGCAGCAGCUCGCUGAGGCAGCAAGCAGAGCAAGCCAAAGCACGGAGCAAUACCAGAUGUUACAGAACUCCUACCAAGAGGAGGCACGUCAAAAGGAAGAACAGAGGCAAAUUGCCAUCUCAUACCAGGAGCACUGCAACAAUCUCACCAAGCAGGUGGAGACGUUAAGGGAGGCGUGUCAGAAUCUCACCACGGACCACCAGCAGAAAGCUGGGCUGGAGGGUCAGGUCGCUCAGCUCCUGCGAAUGAACGCUCAGUGGCAGCAGGCCCACCAGAAUCUCAAUGCGGAGUCGGAGGGCCUUCGUCAGAGAUUGGUAGAGGUGGAGCGCCUGCAGCUCGAAGUCCGGCGGUUGCAGCCGUUUGAAGAGGCAAGCAACGAGCUGGAGGCGAAGCUGAAAGAGGCAGAGCUGCAGCUGGAGCAGCGGAGCCAGGCCCUAACGGAUCUGCAACGCCAACGUGCAGCAGAUGCCGCAGCAAUCCAGCGCCUCCAGGGCGAUCUGGAGUCAACCCAGGAGACUGGAGCAUCCGAGGCAGGGCAUCUGGAGUCCGAGCUGCUGGAGCGCAGCAAGGAGUGCGCCAUGCUGCGCCGCGAGCGAAACGAGGCGCACCAGAAGCUCCAGGAGCUCAUGCAGAAGAGUCAGGAGAACUCUCAGGUAGCAGAUGCCGGCCGAGCGCUGUCUACCGAGAACGAAAAGCUGCAGCAGGAGCUGGCAAUGAGCAAGGAGGAGCUCAAGUCCCUGAACGCCGUGGUGGAGCGGUGCCUUUCGAAGAUGGAAGCGGAGAGUCGUGAGCGCCCCUUCCUCGUGGACAAGCGCAUGGUCACUCAGAUGCUGGCAGCCUACUUGGAGCAGCGGGAGAAUCCGGGCCCGCAGCAAGAGAUUCUGCACAAGAUGGCCGACCUGCUUGGCUUCACCUCAGCUGAGCGUGAACAGGUUGGCUUGUCGCAGAAGCGAAAAACGCCGUUGCAGAUGCAGGAGCCGCAAGGCCUUGCAGACCUCACAGACCGGUUUGUCGACUUUCUGAUGGAGGAGUCCGAAGCCGGCUAG